CCCUACAUUGUAAGUAUGAAGCAAUUAUCCUUCCCAGAAAAGGCGGAGGAAUGUAUAGGCAAAUUAAGUGUAGAUAUUUUUAGGAAUCUGUCACACCCCUCGUCAUCCCCAGGGGAAGGAUAUAAGGAGCCCAGUGCAGGAGGAAGAAGCAAAUACUUUAAACGGAGGACAAUUCUUCUCUCUGUACAGAAGAAAGACAGUAUGGAGAACCGGACACAGCAACCUCCCACCAUCUCUGCCACUCCAAGUCCCCCGGGGGACCACACAGAACUUGGUGCAAGAAAACUACAGAAUUCAACGCCGGCUCAGGUCAGGACUUUGGGAAAUGACAAAGAAGGUCGCGAGGAGACACCAGGGCAAGGUGGGGGAAGGGCACCUGAGCGGAAUGUGGGGUCACAAGAGGUUAAAGAAAUCAUAAAGGCAAUGGUGAUGACGCCCCUCUACUGUUACUUCAAAAUGGGUCAGUUUGUCAACAUCGGAGUCGGAAGCGGAGAGAAUCGAUCCGAGGACGAAACAAAAGCGGCGCCAGGAUGUGGAAGCCGAGAGCCUCAUCUUCCAAAUACAAGCGAAGCUCUGAAUAUAGUAGAUGGGCAUUUACCUUGUUAUUAUUGUCGUUAUUAUCUUCCUACUCUGUAUGAUAUUUUCAUGGGGAUGAAGCCCUGAUGCUAUUUAACCACUUGCCCACCGGGCACUUUCACCCCCCUUCCUGCCCGGGGCCAAUUCUCAGCUUUCAGCGAUCUCACGCUUUGAAUGGCACUUGCGCGGUCACGCAACACUGUACCCAAAUGUUUAUCAUUUUUGUCACACAAAUAAAGCUUUAUUUUGCUGGAA